UUCCUUCACUGAUCUGUCAGUGAACAAAGCAAAGCACGGAUCCAAAACCCAAGUUCAACUCUAAAACCUUUAUUAAAAUCUAUAUUUUCUUCUCUCUUUCUCUGGCUUCUCCUCUUUCCCCUCUUUCCUUUUCUACCAGCAAUUACGAUUAGCAGCUAAAGGAAUGGGAGUUCCCGUGAUCAAAUUCCCAAUCUUCACCGUAGUCAGGUUAUUGGGGGUGCUAGUCACGGCUCUCGUGCUGACGUGGACGGUGCAUUACAGAGGAGGAUUGGCUCUCGCCUCCGAUAACAAAGAUCUCAUCUUUAAUGUCCAUCCUGUUUUAAUGGUUAUUGGUCUCAUACUCAUCAAUGGUGAAGCCAUGCUAGCCUACAAGACGGUUCCAGGAACAAAAAGCUUCAAAAAAUUAGUUCAUCUUACAGUACAGUUCCUUGCUUUUUGUUUAAGCCUGAUUGGUGUAUGGGCUGCAUUGAAGUUCCACAAUGAUAAGGGCAUUGACAAUUUUUACAGCUUGCAUUCUUGGUUGGGUCUAGCUUGCCUGUUCCUCUUUGGCAUCCAGUGGGCUGCAGGAUUUGUUACUUUCUGGUACCCAGGUGGCUCAAGAAAUAGCAGAGCCACCUUGCUGCCUUGGCAUGUAUUCUUUGGUGUAUAUAUUUAUGCCCUGGCUGUUGCUACUGCUACUACUGGUAUCUUAGAGAAAGCCACAUUCCUCCAAACCAACAAAGUAAUAUCACGCUAUUCUACUGAAGCAUUGCUGGUGAACUCAUUGGGACUCUUGAUCGUUGUUCUAGGCGGUUUCAUUGUCCUUGCAACAAUUGCACCUCUGCAUGCCAUAGGUGAUGUCACCAGAAAUGCAACAGAAUAGGCAUAGUAUGUAUAUUUCCCAUUAAACUGUCAUUGAACAGGAGGUGUAUUGUUUAUUGGAUGUGAAUCGAGGGGCUUGUUCUUGUUACAGGACGAAUACAUCACGGAAAACUAAUUGAAAAUUCUGUUUGAAUAAUCGGAAAGACAUGAUUAACUUGA